GCCCCUGCUGCUUCUACUGAAGGCGGAGGCUCCAUGUUGUCCCCUCAGCGUGCGGUAGCGGCUGUCUCGGGAGGAGCAGGUGAUGCCAUGGAGUGCAGAAAGCCUGGCCCAGUGCAGGUGGUUUGUGUUCACAAAGAACAGCAUUCCUUUGAACUGGAGGAGAAAGCCUUGGCCAGUGUCCUGUUGCAGGACCACAUCCGCGACCUUGAUGUGGUAGUGCUGUCAGUGGCUGGUGCCUUCCGAAAGGGCAAGUCCUUCUUCCUGGACUUUAUGCUGCGAUACUUAUAUUUUCAGAAGGAAGGUAGUCAUUCAAGUUGGUUGGGGGACCUGGAAGAACCAUUAACUGGAUUUUCAUGGCGAGGAGGCUCUGACCCAGAAACCACUGGGAUUCAAAUCUGGAGUGAAGUUUUCACUGUGGAGAAGCCAGGUGGGAAAAAGGUUGCUGUUAUUCUGAUGGAUACCCAGGGGGCAUUUGACAGCCAGUCCACUGUGAAGGAUUGUGCUACCAUCUUUGCUUUAAGUACCAUGACCAGUUCUGUCCAGAUUUACAAUUUGUCCCAGAACAUUCAGGAAGAUGAUCUUCAACAGUUGCAGCUCUUCACAGAAUAUGGUCGUCUGGCAAUGGAUGAAAUUUCCCAAAAACCCUUUCAGACACUGAUGUUUUUGGUUCGAGACUGGAGUUUCCCUUAUGAAUACAGCUACGGACUACAAGGAGGAAUGGCAUUUUUGGAUAAGCGUCUACAGGUGAAGGAACAUCAACAUGAGGAAAUUCAGAAUGUUCGAAAUCACAUUCACUCAUGUUUUUCCAGUGUCAACUGUUUUCUCCUUCCACAUCCAGGACUUCAGGUGGCCACCAGCCCUGACUUUGAUGGGAAGUUGAAAGAUAUUGCCAGUGAAUUCAAAGACCAGUUACAGACACUGAUACCAUUUGUAUUAGACCCAUCGAACUUAAUGGAAAAGGAGAUCAAUGGCUCAAAAGUCACCUGUCGGGGACUCCUGGAGUACUUUAAGGCAUAUAUUAAAAUUUACCAAGGAGAAGAUCUGCCUCACCCAAAAUCCAUGCUUCAGGCCACUGCUGAAGCCAACAACUUAGCAGCUGCAGCCUCUGCCAAGGACAUUUAUUAUAACCACAUGGAAGAGGUUUGUGGGGGAGAGAAACCUUAUUUGUCUCCAGAGAUUCUAGAGGAAAAGCACGGUGAAUGCAAACAAGUAGCUCUGGAUCAUUUUAAGAAGACCAAGAAGAUGGGUGGGAAGGAUUUUAGCCUUCGUUACCAGGAGGAGCUGGAGAAGGAGAUCAAAGAACUCUAUGAGAACUUCAUGAAGCACAAUGAUAGCAAGAAUGUCUUCAGCACCUUCCGCACCCCUGCGGUGCUGUUCACAGGCAUUGUGGCUUUGUACAUAGCCUCGGGCCUCACUCACUUUGUUGGUCUGGAGGCUGUGGCCCAGCUGUUCAACUGUAUGGUUGGACUGUUGUUAAUAGCACUCCUCACCUGGGGUUACAUCAGGUAUUCUGGUGAAUAUCGGGAGCUGGGUGGAGCCAUCGACAACGGUGCAACGUAUGUAUUAGAGCAGGCUACUUCUUACAUGUGUAAUUCCACUCAAGCAGCUCUGAGGGACGCAAUUGUUGGGAGACAACCAGUGGAUAAAAAAGCUCAAUAACAUGUUAACGUGAGGAUCCAACAAGAAGCAGGCCAGUCCCUCCUGAUUUCUGCGUUGCUGCGUGGCCCCAGGUCCAGGUCCAGGUCCCGAGGAAAUGCAGAAGUGAGACCAUCCAGGAAGAGCUCAGACACUAAUAAAUGAGACAGGCCUCU